AUGCUUGGAUGCACCCUUACUCACACACCGUGUCCGAAUCCAUCUAUACCAACUACUCGCAUACUCGCCGCGACACUACUCACCAUCAUCAUUUUCUCUCUCACCAUCCACAUCCACACACAUGGCCUUACCCCCGUGAUCACCACACACUGCCGCCCCCCCGAACCCCAUCCCACAGGGCGCGACCCUCCCCAACACACAGACGUCGUUCCCGACCGGCAUCAUUCUUAUCCAUCAUAUCUCCCUCCAACCAACACACCCAGCAACAGCCCACGCCUAACAAGCAAUGUCGCCGACGCCCGGCGCGGGGCCGGACGACCCGUCCGACUCUCGUCGCAGCUCGGGCUCAGCUCGGGCUCUUCCCAAUCCACUACCGCCUUCGCCACCCCGCCAUCAUCCCCAAAGCUCAACACGAGUAUCUCACGCAUCCCAAAGCUUGCCCCGUCUCCCGUUGAGAAUGCACUGAGCCGCUCAUCUAGCUCAGGUGACAAGAGGUCCAACGCCCCUGCGCCUACUCAUGCGCCAGGACCAGCGCCGCCGCACUUCCCUGCCGCCCAAAGUCCCUCGUCUCUCCCCGUCCCGGUCCACAACAAGCUGCUCGCACGCAAGUCCAUGUCGGCCGCAAUCCCGCACUCAUCCAGGCGCUACUCGCAGUACGUCGCCAAGAACGGACCGAGCCCGUCGUCCUCGAUUCCGACUGCGAUUCCUGUUUUCAGAGGAGGAGGAGGAGGCUCAAGUUCGGGCAACGUAAGCAGCUCUGUCACGCCAACUCCUUCCCCUGUACCCAGUUCCAGCACGGCGGCCACGGGGCGGGCUGGUAUCGGCAGGGGUGCGUCCCCCGCGUCUUCGUCUGCGUCGGCCAUGCGACGGACGUCUUCUGCAGAGGGAAGGCGUGCCGCAAGGACGCACCAUCGAGAAGGGCAUGCUCCACCAAUGCCACCUCCACUGCCGCCCGGGGCUGCACCGCCGCUCGCAAGUGUUGCAGGCACGAGCACGACGUCGUCGCCUUCGCCCAGCAGCGGGAUCCCAAGAAGACAAAAGUCUUCGUCUUCCUUGGGACGGCGCAAGUCACACAUUCCCACCUCAAACUUGACUCCUUCGCCCCGUGCGCGCCCCAUGUCGGUCAAGCCGCCAGCGCGCGUGUCGUCGGCGGCAGCAUCGGCCGUGCUCUCUGCCCAGCAUCAUCCACCACUGCCUACCUCUCCACCGAUACCGAACGGUACUCCCGCCGCAUUUGGGUUUCCAAACGGCAGUUCUGCGUUCAAUCAAGACCUGCCUCUACGCUCUGCGUCAUUACGAGCAACAUCGGAUUCGCGCCCCGCCAGCCCACCACCACCGCCGCCGCCUCCGCCAGCGCGGGCUGAUGCGACGUUCCCCCCGCCAGAACCGCAGUUCCGACGACCGGAUGCGACCCACUCCCCUGGACAGCCCUCGACAUCCUCGGUUGACGUAGACGAUGGACAUCGGCACGUUGACGAUCAUAGCCCUGCUCGCCCAAACGGUGUCGCUCGCGGGGAAACUCGUCCUUCUCGCUCUUCGUCGCUCUCGUCUGCAAGCCUCCCCGCUUCCCCCCUUGCACGAAGUCAUGGCUUCCAACAGCAGGUCGGCACGCAAGCAACACCGCCAAAGGACCAGCCGUCACCGCACUCCCCGCGAACAGCGACCACACCACACUCGCCGACAACACCCCUCUCCCCGCCAAUGAGCAGCAAUACCGUUGGGCUCAACCUGCCGUUGCGCAACGAGUCGCUUCCCCAGACACCCCUUCCUCCCCUCGCAACCUCUCCGACGCGCUCCACCAGCCUCGCCCCGGAACCCCCUGCUGCUCUCCGAUCAAGCACAUCGUCCCAAGGGUCAACAACCACCGUGGUCCCGGAUCCGAUUGAAACAGAAGUUCCCCCGUUGCCGAUUACUUCGAAUCAGGCGGCCACGAGUCCAGUUUCAACCGUGUCUUCGACCGCGACACCCGGGUCCCCAGAAGUUGCGCCAGUUCCAGCUCCAACGACGCCUGUUCCUGCACCCGCAGCAGCAACACCACCCGUCCCCAACGGAAGGGUGACACCCGACUCCAGCCGUAAUGCCAAGGCAUCCGAGUCGCCGCGAGCGCCUCGAACGUCGCCACGUCCUGACCGGAAGUCACCGGGGCUUACCAUCGACCCCCCACCUCCCCCCGCAAGCUCGCACAAUAUUCGUGUCGUCAGCCCUCCACCCAUUCCGGGCCCGCAAGCGUCAGCCGUGCCACCGGCAGCCGUUCCCAUCAUUCCGGCCAAGAGUCCCCUUCGUCCACGAACAGGUAGGCUUCGUUCUGGCACGAACACUGGUGCAGUCCCGCCUGUACCCAAACUGCCGGACAACAUUCCGCCCGUUCCUCAACGCCCGUCGAGUGUCCACCACGUGUCGACGACGUUGCAGCUCCCUGAACAGGAUCCCUCAACCUCAGGUUCCUCAAGCCAACCACCGGCCAGCGAGUCAUCGGGAGCUACGGCCCGUGCCGAAGAAGCAAACCAAACAACUGACAGUGCGACUACUGAAGAGCCCAGUGCUGUUACCACUGCGUCGUCAACUUCGUCCGAGCCCCGCACGUCGCCUUCGGUUGCGGUGCCCUCCCAGCAAGCGCUGGCAGCGGCCAUCCUCGCUCCAGUCCAGAACACGUACGGCGGCAUUCCCCUCACCGCGCGCUCGGACCCUGCAGAAAGUUCAGCACAACCGUUCGCCAAAGAUUUGUCGUCGUCGCUCUUAGCGUCGCCAAUUCCGUUCGACGACUCGGGACCGCCAUCGGCUCCAGCUUCAAACCAGAACAUUUGGGUCGUCAGCUCGGGAGGGAGCGCUUCUCGCCCAACCAGCUUCUUGGAUGCGUCCACCUCUACGGCUUCCACCAUCUCAACUUCGGUUUCCACCACCGACAGCCUUCUGGGACGAUCCGAGGCCGGCAUCAUGGAGGACGCGACCAUGUACGACAAGCGCGAGUCGUUGGACGACGAAAUCAUCAGCAGCCCGACCGCCCUCUGCGAUCUUUGUCCUUCGCCCACCAACUGCCCCCACACGACGCUCAAGAAGCAAACGUCACUCCCACGCGUUACGCCGCUGAAUCUCGACGUGCACAGCAAGGUGCUUCCCGAGCUGCCGCUGCCCAGCCCGAAUCAGCCGCUCUCGCCACGCACACCCACGACGCCUGCGCGCCCCCAGCAUGCCCAGCAGAAUACGGCACCACCGCGAUCGCCUUCGAUGCCCACCCUCGUGCGCAAAGAGUCGCCGGCAUCAGUGGCAAGCCAGACGACUACCGAGUCCCAUGACCAUCUCGUCCCUCGACCUCGAAUGCGCGGACCUGGCCCGGACGGCAGGAGCAACACGACUGGUCACUCGCCACGACCACAGAGCAUGGUCAUUACCGGUUCGCCAUUGCCGUCGCCCAUCUCACCGAGUCUGUCUCGCCGUGCGCACCUGAUUCGCGAGAUCGCCCACACGGAACGAACGCAUGCGAACGAUCUGGCGUUAAUCACCGACGCCUAUGUCGGUCGUGUGCUGCGGACUGACUCAGGACUGUCUUCGCAAGGGUCGACAGCAGUCGAGGCCGACUCAAACGCCAGCACGCCGGGUGCCAGCACGCCAGGUGUCGAGGCUGUCCAGCCCCAGCGCGGGCACGCACGUCGGCCGUCCUACGGUCUGGCCGCAGACGAGCACGGCCGGGUCGAGGGCAAGCGACACCACCAGGAGCGACGGAUGAGUGGGCAGGAUUCGGCAUGGGCCCAAGCAUGGAGUGGUCUCAUGUCGCCUGUGCUGAAGAGCCCGAAGGAACGGGAGGGGCACCACCAGGGCAAUGGCUCCAUGGACGGCAUGUACCAGUCGUCUGCUGGCGGAUCGUCGUCCUCGUUCCAAAUGGUCACUCCGCCGGUACAGUCGCCUGCCAACUCGUCGGCUCCGGCGUCGGCAUCGACAAACAACGGUUUCACGAGACUGGGCGGUAUAAUGAACCCGCAGUCGGGCAAGCCGCUGUCGUCCUGGGACAUCAAGGCCGUUUUCCUCAACAUCAACGAGCUCGCGUACAUCUCUGAUGAGCUUGCAAAGGAGUUUGACCAAGCGAUCGGGGACGCGGACAGUGAUCCUGGCACGCCCGGUGUUGACAGUGUCGGCGACAGGUUAGGCGAGGUUUUCAUGAAGAUGGCUGCAGCGUCCAAGCGAUUACUCGAGCUGCAGCAGGACCCCGGAUACGCCCAGUACCUGAACGACUGCUGGGGACAAGUCAAGUCGCACACGCACGCCUGGAACCUCGAUUCGAUGUUGAUCAAGCCCGUGCAGCGAAUCACAAAGUACCCGCUGCUGUUUGAGGAUCUUUUGGCGUGCACGACGCCCUCGCAUCCCGACUACCACUGUAUCCAGAAGGCGGCCGAAGGAGCGCGCACGCUCGCGCUCGAGAUUGACGAGGCCAAGAGACGAAAGGACGUUAUCAGCAGCGUCAUGAGCAAGUCGCAAUCGACGAUCAGCCUCGUCAAGGAUCCCAAGGCCGGAUCAGGCGGCCGACUCUUGAACCUGCGGCGUUUCAAGAAGGACAGGCUGAACGGCGCUGGCGGCGAUAGUGGCCCACCCGAGAUCACACCCUACGCGCAGGCGCAGCUUAAGGAGCUCGUCUCAAAGCUCGAGAACAGUGACAAGCAAGUCCGCCGCAUGACUCGUGAGGUCGUCGAAUGGGUCAACUCGAACAAGGUCUUGUUGCUCAACGGUCGCGACACCAACCUCGACUUGUUGCGCUGGUACACGCUUGAAGGACGGGUCAUGAACGAUGUCCGGGCAGCCAAGGUCGCGGCGUACAAGUCUGUGCUCGACAGCUGCAUCAACACGAUCUGGCAGGAGAUGAAUGACCGCAUCAACAACUCGGUCCUCGCCACGCUGGGCAAGAUGAUUGAUGCUGCGCGCAAUCCGCUGGCCAUUAUAGAUCGGCUGAACCGCAAGUCUGCCGAUUACGCCCGGUACCAGGCGCACCGACACGCAAAGAAGUCGAUUGACCGCCUCAUGAUUCAGGAAGCAACCGACUAUGUCGCGAUCCACACGCAGCUUCUCGAGGAGCUCCCCGUCUUCUUGGAGAGUUACUCGAAGAUUUUCGAGGUCGCAGUGUGCGCCCUGACGAUGGCGCAGACGCGGUACUAUGGCAACAUGCGCGACAUUACGCGCGCAUUCACGACCCAGUUCCUCAGCGAGCCUACCGAGAGUAGGCUCACUGAGACUGGUGAGAUUCAAGAGGUCCCGAUUGACAUUUCGACAGCCCGCGGUAUCCACAAGGCAUGGCUGGACAAGUUCUUGGCCCCCAAUAACAUUGCAAAGGGGCUUUUAACAACCAGCGCGGAUUUCAGAAGCGAGUCGCGUAGAGGUCCCGGCAGCCGGUCGACGAGUCGUACCGAGCUGCGCUCCCCGAAUCUGCGACAUGCGCCGUCGUUCAUCACCCGGCCAAAGUCGCGCAACGAGUCUCGAGCAGGCAGCGAGUCGCGCAACGGCAUGCGCGCCGAGUCACGGACGGAGCAGCUGCGCUCCGAGUCGCGGGCGGAGCACACGUCGGACUCGGGCGACGAGCGCGCGAACCGGCGCCGAUCGCGCUCCCUCAGCGGGCAAUCCACAGCCGUAUCCGACUCGGAGAGCUCGUCGCGGUUCGCAUCGCUUAUCCGGCGCAACAGCCAGCGCAACGGGAGCGCGAAGAAGGGCCAUCGCAGCCUGCGCCCGCCCAUGCCCGAGGGAUUCAUGGAGCGCAAGGCGAACGAGCACACGCUCUCGGUCGCGACGUCCGAGGACCGCCUCUCGUCGCACACACAGCAGUCGCAGCAGUCGCAGCAGAGUGGCGACUCGCAACGGUCGCAGACCUCGGCGCUGACGCAGGACUCGCGCCUCUCGCUGUCGCCGCGCUCGCACCAGUCCCAGCUGGAGAAGACGCUCUCGCACGACUCAACUGCGGAGGAAAUCGCCUCUCGCCUCUCCUUCGGCCUCCCCCGGAUCCACACCGAGAGCACUCCGCUCCUCUUUGACAGCUUCGGCAUGGGCGGCAAGCCGUACCGCGCCGUCCUGGACGAUGCGCAGGUCGACUCUCCCAUGGAGAACACGCCAACAGACCUGGCGCCAGCGACAUCCUCCUCCAGCCCCCGGUCGAGCGUGACGGACGUCGACGGCGACCCCUGGGCCGCAACAGGGAUCAACUAUGCGUGCGCCGUCGUGGCCGAAUUCGACCCGAAACAGCUGGGCGACCGCAAAUUCAUGGGCCUGCCCUUCCUCACGCUCGAGGUGGGGCACGAGGUAGAGGUGCGCCAUGAGAUUGGCCGUGUCGCUGUCCUCCCCAACUUUCCCUAUGCGCAUCUCGGGGUCGAGAAUGACGGCGCGGUCGUCUGCCGCGCCGAGGACGGGCGGUAUGGGAUCGCCAUGUGCUCCUUCCUUGAGCCGAUACAGGAGCCCGUUGCUUCGCAGAUCUGA